UUUCAGCAAUCAUGGGAGCAUCGGCAUUGCCAAUCAUCAUUUUCUCAGUCAUUUUCGGCGUGGUUGGCAUUGUUUUGCCAAUCAUUGCACCGAAAGGUCCAAACCGUGGCAUUGUCCAGUGUGUCCUGAUCUUGACCGCGGCCACCUGCUGGUUGUUCUGGUUGUGCUGCUACAUGGCUCAAAUGAAUCCGUUGAUUGGGCCGAAAUUGCAUCAGAAUACCAUUCUUAUUAUGGCCCGUGAAUGGGGCAAUCCUCUUCCCGACAUGGAUGGUUUCCAUCCAUCAGAGGAACACUAAAAUAUUUUCCGGAUGUUCUGGUGAUCCUUAGUAAUUCCAUCUCAUUGAAUGAUUUAUUCCAUUUUUCAACGUACCAAGAAGCGGCGAUAUCUAUUAAGAAAUCAGUUUACAGGUUCUCGGAAAAUAAUAUGUCAAAACAAAACAAA